GUUUAAAAGAAAAUUUUAUAAAUGAUCAGAAUGAAAAAGUUACAAAUACUUCGUGUAGAUAAUGAUACGGUAGAAAAAGCAGACCUACAAAUAGGUAAUAAUUUCAUCGGUCGAAGUGUCGUAAUUGGUAACGAUGAUAUUAAGAAUGCUGUAACGAUAAAUUUAUCACCCAACAAUGAAAUGACCAUAACACCGGAAUUAUUUUAUUAGAAUCAGGUUUCACCGUGUUAUAUGAAAUCUGCUGAAUCCUCGCGAUGGCAACUUCUUAAGAUCGGUGCUACUGUUCCAAUAAAGGCGGGAGACAUUUGUUCUCUGGUAUCAAAUAAAUGUUGGUUUAAAAUUGUAUUAGUACCCGAGAUCAUGGAAGACAAUCAAGAAAACGUCUUAAAACGACAAGCUAAAGCAGAUGUUGAGUGUGAUAUACCUAAUAAAAAGCCUUGUCCAGAAUUUGGAGAAGGAGAUAAUUUACGAUCUCCUAGUAAUGUUUUGAAUGAAAUGAAAGAUGAGUGUAUUAAUAUCAGCAAAGAGAAUUUGUUAGAUGAUAAAACUGCUACUGAUAUAGCAGAUCAAAAUUUUAAAGAAAUUCAUAGUGCAAGCAGUUUCAUAAAUGAGGAUACAUCAAAUUGCAAAUUAAUAUGCAAAUCUCAAGAUACAGAUCAAUCAUCUUCAUUGGAAGAAAAUGUUGAUCUUCAAGGUACAAAUGAAACAACUACAAACAUUGUUACAGGUCCUCAAUCAUCUAUUUCAAUGCAAGCAGAUAAUUCAAACACAUCUACUAAUGUAGCAACAAAUGCCAUUAGAAGGGAAAAAUGCAAAUAUGGAAAGAAAUGUUACAGGAGAAAUGCACAGCAUAAAGCAGAAUUUAGUCAUCCCGAAGAUUCCGACUAUGACAUUGUAGAUGACAGAAAAGAAUGCAGUUAUGGUAUGCAGUGCUACCGUAAGAAUCCUGAACACAGAAUGCAAUAUAAACAUACCGUGUCAAAUGAACAUUCUAAACGUCGUAAACAAGUUCCUAGACAAAUACCUUCAGAAACCUUAUCCGAUAUAGAGGACUUGUCUGCGGACGAAUCUGUAGACGAAUCUGAAUAUAAUCCUUCUAGCACUGCAGAAUAUUCGGAUGAUUCUGUAGAUGAAUCUGAAUAUAAUCCUAGCAAUGCAGAAAAUUCGGAUGAUGAUGACAAAUACUUUGAUCUUAUUGAAAGUGAAUGGGAAAGUUAGAAUUAACAAAAUAAAUAUUUUGUCGUAUUACAAUUUUGCAACAUUUAAAAAUUAUU